GCCGACAUGUUGUCAAGAACGUUAUAGUCCAGGGUGGAAUGACAAGUUUCAUACGGUAACUGAUGGACGUGCAGAUAUUAAUAGCACUACCCCGGGAGAUUGCUGUAAAGCAUGUAUAAAGGAUAAGAAAUGUAUUGAAUGGAAAUUUCUUGUUGCUUGUACGCUGUACACUGACUUGAAUAAUACUUGUUCACACGAAACCAUUACGCCAAGCGCCAUUGGUGCCGAAGGUGGUAUCAUUCGUUGUAAGGAUGGCAGUGGCA